UUUUUUAUUCAAUCGAGUUAUUUUCCUUUAAUUGUUUAUUACUCUUUUUUUAUUUGGUUGCAAGCAUUCAUAUACCCCGCAAAUUCAUCCCGAUACACGUGCAUCAAAAUUGCCAUGGAUUUAGUGACGCAACAAUUUAUGGACUAUUUCAGCGAAUACGCAUUUCAACUUUCGUGUCCUUCAUCCAACGCGGAUGGCAACGAUAAUACGGCUACCGGUCCAUCUCGCAUGGCCACCAAUUUGUCGUCAUUUUCCAUUAUUCAGGAAACACCGAAACGGAAUAGCCGAGGUGUCACCAUCACAAACAAGUGCAAGUCGCACAAACCUUCGAUCCCACCCAAAUCGACGGAAAUCAAAUUCAAAAUCGAAUCCAUCGGGACUCAGCCCGAAGAAGAUGAUGAUCCUGCUCAGUGUCCUGCACGGACAAGACCUUGUUGGCCACGACAAAUCAUUACAUGGUGGAAACCCUCGCAUCCCCAGGAAAAGCCACCUUACUCUUACGCCACCUUGAUUGCACACGCCAUUUUAACCAGUCGAGAUGGUCGACUCACCCUCAGCGGCAUUUACCGAUGGAUUUCGGAAAACUACCCGUUUUACACUCUCGGGCUUCGGGGUUGGCAGAAUUCGGUUCGUCAUAACUUAUCGCUCAAGAAAUGUUUUACCAAAAUCGAACGACGACCUACACAGGCCAAUCCCGGCAAAGGUUGCUAUUGGACUUUGGUCCCGGGAUCCGAGCAGGAGUUCAUCGACAAUUUAACCAAAGCAGGCGGCCACAGCCGAAAACAUCAUGACAUUGGUCUCACCGCCGACCUUUCCAUCAACCAUCGACAAGGCUCUUGUUACUAUGCCAACGACAUCCUUCCUCCUUCCAAUCAUUCCUUUACAUCUUCCUCCUCUUCCUCCUCAUUUUAUUCGCAAACAAAAUUACCUCAUACCAACAUGCUCAUUACACGACCUGAAGAUUUUGAAAAGAAAAAACAUCGUUCUUCAAGCAACGAUCACAAGACCCGCAGCGCUUGCCACUCUACGGAAAAGGCCCCCACUGCCACCGCCGCCAAGGUCCCCCGUGUGAGAGGGUCAUCCAUGUACACAACAUUCCGCAUGUCCAAUACCACCCUCGAAAUGAUGGAUGCGCGUCAAGAUACCAACAAGUCCGAAAGCUACCCGAAGCGACGGCGCAUCAAACGAAGAAAGCACCGACGCCACGUGGAACCGGGUUCGUACUGCGAGUCCGAUUACGAUUCCGGUGUCGAUGUAGGCAACGAACACCUUUCAGGCCAUUACCAAAAGCGUCACAAGAAAACAGAGCCGGCAGAAAAGGAAAUCCAUUGCGAUGCUGGGACUGAUAAUGCGGUCGUCAAAUCCGCAGCCGAGUUUAGCUGGAAAGAUCUCAUUGAUAUCGAUCUCGCCGAGAUGCCUGACCUCAGCUCCGGUUACGAUUUGCCACUGGACCAUGUACUCCCCAUGCCCGCUACUCAUCCGUACCCCGAGUUACCCGACUAUUUGGAUCCAACCAAGACUGCCCAGCUUUUCGACGAACCGUGUAUGUCUGUGUGGCCAAUGUCCGGAGACACCUGGCAAUGGAAUCCGAAUCACAUGCCUCCUUCCUAUCCCACUCUACUGACAGCGUCCUUUGACCCGGAGCAAACCGCGGAAACCAAUGGCUUGGAGCAUGACACUUGCUCAGGCGACAAGGUCGAAGAAUGUCUACGAGAGCUUUUGAAUUUCCAGCAACAGCAACAACAACCACUUUCGCAAGACCAGACAUCCUCGGCUUCCAAAUUCCCAGAACCCAUUACGAUCAAUUUGAAUGAAGAUGUUAUGGCGCGGUAUCUGCAUUUUGAGGAGGAUACAGACGAUGAGCCCGGGAAUUUUGAUGACAGCGGUCAAAUCGCCCUGGACAACAUGCCCUCGUUGUCAUAUCAGAAUUUCAAUCUAUUCCCAUCCCACAAUGACAUAUUUAUAUAGUAUAAAUAAAUGUAUUUCAACAUAUUGUACAAUAACCUAUCAUCAUCAUUUAAUAUAUCUCCAUAGCCAUGGUAUUCGCACUGUGCUGUAUUUUCAAAAAGAG